UAGUCUACAAGGUGAACUUAGUCAAAAUAUCCUUUUUUUUUUCUUGGGACGAUUUAAUACUCAAGGAGCCAUGGUUAUGUUGAAGAUCUCAGCUUUCCUUGUUGCCUAUGCCCUGGUCAUUUGUCAGAUGUAUAGUUCACAAGCUGCUCCUGCCAGACCUGGUUUGGAGUCAAUGACAGAUCGGGUCACACUCACCGACUAUGAAGCCCGGAGGCUUCUUAAUGCCAUUGUCAAAGAAUUUGUCCAAAUGACAGCAGAGGAGCUUGCGCAACAAGUGAACGAUGGAAACAGCAGUGUUACAGCACAGAAGCGAGCCUGCAAUACAGCCACCUGUGUCACUCACCGCUUGGCAGAUUUCUUGAGCCGAUCAGGAGGCAUGGGCAACAGCAACUUCGUCCCCACUAAUGUGGGCUCCAAGGCGUUCGGGCGACGGAAGAGAGACAGCCAGAUGUGAAUGCUUGGAUGACCCUUGGGGAUACAGAGGUUGACCCUUCUCAACAUGAAAAAGGAACUCUGCGCCCCACGUC